GUGCAUGUAGUUGCAUAUUGCUGGGUCCUUUUUUAUGUUCUCGUUCGUUGUCGAUUCCUCGCAUAGGUCUUUCAGACUCGUAUGCUAUCUCUCCCUGACGAAGUACAAGAUCGUCCCAAGAUUAAGGGAAUAUUGUCUUAAGCCCCGAAGCUAUCUACCUUUACUCGAACGUCUGGACAUGCGCUGUCUCCUAACUACUGGCAACUACGAUAUCUACCUUCGAUCAGCAACCCAGUAUCUCCUGAUACCUCAGCACCCAUUACACCUCGACGAUGGCUUGCCAUGGUUGCCGUGCCAUGCCUUCCAAGGACAUCGCCGUUAUGGCUGCUGUAUAUAGUAGCGACCAAGGCCUCGCCAAAAUCAACAUUGUGGGACACCCCGUCGACACAUAUCCCAACAUCUUAGAAGAAGGCAUAUACAUCUUCUACGGAGACCGAGCUCUUCAAGUUGCUGCCACACCAUGCGACCGAAAAACCUGCCUUAGGUACUCCAGAUAUUCCGUCUGCUCUUGCCAGAGCAAUUACUUCCACUCUGAACAGUUCCACCAGUCCAAGAUCCGAGGCGAUAGUUUCAUCCAAGGGCGAGAGCAAGUCGAGCCAUGCAGAGAUUGCCUCUUUGAUUGGCUCAACCUCCACGAUAUCGCUCGGGCGGCCAAGAACCUUUACUUACAACUAUUGCAUGCCCCCCGAACACUUUCGUGGACUACGCAACCCGGAGAGCUUGAGAUGCUUUACGAGGGAGAAAUCCAGGGGAUAUCCGACGAUCACUUUUCCGGCGCGGUGGAAUUUCCUCCUCAUUUUAUCGAGUGGAUGCAAAUAGCUUGGUUCGAAUUCCUCAAUCAAGGCUGCCGUCGAUCAAGCAAGGGUCCCUCGACAACUUCUUCCUCCAGCGGCACUUACUUAACAAGCUCUGCACCGAGCGAAUUUUCUGCCAAACCUCCCGGCUCAUUGUCCCAAAAGUCCGCUGGGAAAGAUGACAAUAUUCACAGUAGACUUACUAGCAACGGAGGUUAUCCUGAUUCCCCUGCCCACAUCCAUACCUUCAACGACGACUCUAACGCAAGCUGGGAUGACUGCGGCAUUCCCAUCCGCGACCAGGCCCCAGAACCUGACGAUUUCGACUUCUUCAACGACAUCAUCAAGGAGGAGUUUCCUGCCGUCUGGGAUAAAGUCGAGUCCAAUACCGACAUCGACAGACGCAAAUGGCCUACGAGUACUGUGCCCUUCGAUCGAUGCGUCUUCCCCUCGUUCUGGCCUGACCAACUCUGCUCGCGGAAAAGAUCCAUUUUCACGUCUGCCAAUCAAGAUGUUGAAGGCUUUGGAAGCUUGCUGGGUACCAUAGAGAGGGUUCACCAACUUAUCGAAGUUCAUUGUAGAGAAGCGGAGACCACUGCACAGUCCUGGUCAAUCCAAGACGAGAGCCGGUCAUCACAAGGAUGCCAACUCCAUCACAACAGACAAACAUAAUGGAAACGACCUUGCUGGGCAGCAACAAGUCACCCCAAGCGUCAAGAGGGCUCACGUCACUUCAUGUCUCUCGAUUUCAACAUAAAACACGGAGACUAACCCCACGGAACAUGGCGCACCACACCACGCC